AUGCUGCAGUUCCGUGCACCCAGUGGCGGUGCGGCAGGCGUGAGAAAUGAUGCUGCCGACAAGAAUGUGGGCGAGAAGCGGAUGCCAUCCAGUGCCGCCAUGGGCGGGCGGCGGAUCGUGUCUCAGGGACUGGCGCGGGCACAGCAGCGCUCGGAGGCCACGGGCUCUGCUGCGCCGUCCACGAUUCAAGUCGACAAUACGAGCUUUGAGGAGUGGAUGAAGAUGGCCACGGACAACAAAAUUAAUGCCACGAAUACAUGGUCAUUUGCGCUCAUCGACUAUUUCCAUGACAUGUCUCUUUUGCGUUCUGACUCGGGUGAUGGCUCGAUCAACUUCCAGAAGGCGUCUUGCACACUUGAUGGGUGCGUAAAAAUAUGGACGAGCCGUGUGGACAGUGUGAUGGUGGAGACGGGCCGUCUUCUGAGCGGACUCCAGGACGAUACUGCUGCCUCUGCCGGGGACGUAUCCGUUGACGCCAACACCUCGGUAGUCGACGAGACCGCCGACAGUGACGACCAAGGCACACGACCAGGGCGCACAAGACGGCGGCAGCGGGCGCGUGAGCCAACGCUCGCCAAGAGUUUCGCGCAGCUGCAAGUGAAGCGCUUUGACUUGGAGUUCUCGGUCGAUCCCCUUUUCAAGAAAACUAGCGCCGACUUUGACGAGGGCGGCGCUGGUGGCCUGCUCAUGAACCACCUUCACGUGGACGAGCAUAUGAAGGUCGUUUUUGAUGCCUCGGACGUUACGGGACAUACCGAUGGGGGCGAUGCGCCGCCCACUGGCGGGACGGAGGACGAAGCGGACGCUGGCGUGAGUGCUGCGUCGGUCGACGACGACACAGAGGCACACAUCGACCUGGAAAAGCUCCAGGCACGCUUGUUUGCAGCAGCGGCCCAGAUGGACUCCAGUGUUACGCCGGAUAUGCCUCUGAGCACGCUGCUCGAAAGUCGCCUCCUUUGUCCGUCCACAGCUACAUUCACGUUCGCGGAAGGCAACGAUGCUGUGCUGUCUACCCCAUCCAUGGAAGAACCUAUGGAGCUAGACGCUAGCUUCGAUGGAGGUGAAGCUUUGGAUAUGGACGGCCUUGACUUUUUUGAAGGUGCAGUGCCUGUGGAUGGCGACGAGCAGAGGUUUGAUGUGGCUGUGGUGCCUACAGACGAGAUGUCGCAUGAAACACGCACAGACGAGCACGAUCGUCUUUUCCAGUACUUUGACGAUCAUAUGCAAAAGACUUGGGCCGGCCCCGAGCACUGGAAAAUGGGCCGGUUGCAUAUGCGCCCGGCCGCAGCGAUGUCGGUGCCAGUGGAUGCCUCGGAGGAGCGACCGAAAACGCGGCGACCUAAGGAGGCGCAGGUGGUGGAUUUCUUAUCGCCUACACCGGCGCCCAAUGCGAAAGACCUCUUUGCGCCAAGUGCGGCGCCGUCGAGCAUCCUUCUUAGCAAGGCGGUACAGGUAAGCAAAGAUUCGCAUUUGCUGCCCGAGGACCAGCACUUUAACUCGAAGCGCCUGCUGCGGCUGUUCCUCAAGCCCAAGGCGACGAUUUUGCUGCGGCCGCGACGCGCGGCGGCGUCCCAAGGGUCUGCCUGGGAUACGGACGACGUGGAUGGCCUGUGGAUGGGCGCUGAUGACGUAGGUGCCUUGCCAGCCGGGGACGGCGCGUUCCGCACGGACUUGUUUGAGGACCACGAUGUGUACGACGAUGUGCUACCUAUGCCCCCUGAGCCCGUGGAUGCGGGCGGCGAGCUGGACAUGGACAGCGAUGUGGACGAGGAGUUACUGUCCAGCGAGGCGGUGCGCCGAGUGCGACCUGAAUUUGUGGACCACGCGCGGCGCGCGAAGCAGGUGGAUGUGAAGAAGCUCAAAGACCACAUUUGGCAAACGCUCGCGCUCAAACAAGAUGCACAAUCGUUUGACACGGUGCUAAUGAAGCUGGAGGAUAUAUAUCCAGCGAAAAAAUACGAAGAGAUCAGCACCUCCUUCUGCUUUAUCUGCCUGUUGCACCUCGCGAACGAGGAAGAACUGGCCAUUGAGGUGCCCGGCGCUGAUGCGUCAACUGCCACGGAAUCGCCUGGUGCUUUUUUGGCGGCAGCUGCACGUGUUGGGCGAACAGUAAUGCUUAACGACGAUGACGACGCGCGCGGCGGCGAAACGGACGCAUAUGCGGACGAGACCCACGUCGGUGAUCUUGGCACCCUGCAGAUCCGGCGCGACACGCGUGUGGAGGCACCGUAA